AGUAGGAGGGAUGAAGCCAAAUGUCUGUUCCCUGCAGAGUAGUGAUUGUUGUCCUUCUCCUCAACCAAGAGUGUUAUUGUUAUGAGCUAUUUUUACAUGUAAAAUUAUGACAAAGGCCUUAUGUUUGUUGUCACAUAAUGGGCACACAACAGAAGAACAAUGUGACCUUACUGUACAUCACCUUGUUUACUUGCUUACAUCUCUGCAGUUAAGAGCAACUCUUCAAUUCUACAAACUUCAAACAAGUUAAUAGAGGGAGAAGACCAACUUUUCAGAACUGCGGGUAUCAAUCAAAAUCUGUUGGAUGUCGUCAUACAUGCAUCACACACACACACACACACACACACACACACACACACACACACACACACACACACACACACACAAAGACACGUGUUUGUGUUUAAUGUAUUUUUAAUAGCUACUGUUGUGCUCAUGUGUGACAUUAGUAGCCUAAUUGUGAACAAGACAACUUAUGUAAUUGCAGGAACAUCAUAUUUAGACCAUUAAAAUAAAAACAAAUGCCCUGCAGCUGAAAUUGCUUUGAGACAGUUCACAUCCUGUUGUACAUCCUGCAAGUCUUGUUUCAUUAGUGUACACAUGAGUAACAGAGCCCUUGAUUCAGUGUUUCAGUAAAAUGAUGAUAUAUGAAUAAUACAUUUUGAAAGGUGAAUUAAAAGAUGUUUUUUUUGUUUUUUGUUUUUUUAAGAAGACCCCUCAAAAUCAGAUUCAAACAUGCACUAUAAUUUAAGAUUGUGUCUGACUAAACUUUACAACUAUAAUUGGAGAAAGUGCACAGACACGCACAGGUGCUGGACCAAUGAAACAAUGUAACAAAGAAAGAUGAUCUAGACUUGAGUUUAGUUUGCUUGAAGAAGAGCAUGUAGCCCGAAACGUCACUGGUGGAUGUCUAAAUAAACUGCAUCUUAGGGAGUUACAGUGCACGGACCUUCAUCCUUCUUUGUGAGAGUGAAACCUGUAAAAGUUGAUCCUCGUGGCUUGAAUUUUACGCGUGUUACCCCGAAUAAAAGGGGAAACUAUAUCAUCCAUUUCGAUGACCUCCUUGGGACCCAGAACCCUAUUUUGGAAACCGUUGUGGACACAACGGGGCAUUACUAGCAGCCGGGGCGGAACACGUGUUUGUCUUCACGCUGACAGGCUGCUGCUCUUCAGUUAAACGAUGUUGAUGGAGACGCAGAGAUUGUCUGAGCUCUCACUGAGCCCUUGUUGCUUAGUCACUGCAGUGUGAUGGGGGAAAGUGAGUGAGCAGAGCUGCAGUGCCAGGAGAGACUGGUUGGUGUUCAUGGAGUGGAUCCCGGCUGUGGUGUGGACCUGCCUGCUCAGGGCCGCACUUGCCCUGGUCCUGCAUCCGGCCCUCUCCAUUACAACCUCCCAAGCCAAUCCUCGACCCCCGCAGCUGAUUGGCUGUGUGUUCCUGAAUCGAGCCAAUGUCACCUGCCGCUGGGAGGCUGGAGACACCGCAGUGACGCACUACACUCUGCAAGUUCAGAGGAGGCCUGGCCCUCCAAGACCAUUCACCUGCACCACGUCUGGCACCAACUGCACGGCGCGGAUCAACAGUUCAUCCGUGAGAUUUAUCUUUUGCAUCACCAUCACAGCACAUGGCCUCAGCCAGGACAUAAUAUCAGAACCUCGAUGUCAGUCUGGUAGGAUUGAAGUGAUGUUGCCGCCAGUGAAUUUGGACAGCGUAAAGCCAGUCAGAGGGAGACCUCGGUGUUUGAAUUUAACCUGGAGACGUGAUUGGUCUGUCUUUCCUGUGUCAGACUCUGAAAUCAAAGCCGGAGACCUGAAUUCCCAAAUUGAGUUCACAGCGCAGGGGCAGCUUGAGGUUCAGGUCAGUAAUGUGACAGUGAAAGACUACAUCUUCACAGUUUGUCUCUUCAGACCUGACACCUCAUACAUCGUCAGGCUUCGCCACCGUUACCGAGGUCCGGCGAGCUCCUGGAGCCCGUGGAGCAACGCACGCCAGGGAAGGACAGGAGAGGGCGCUCCAUCUGAAGCACCGGCAUUCUGGAGGCAAGUGAAAGAAACUGACAAGACCGGAUGGAGACUAACCUCACUGUUUUGGAAGCCCUUGCCUCACUCUCUGGCCAAUGGUGAAGUUCUCUUUUACAACGUGACUUGUCAGACAGAAAGUGCUCAGGUCCUGAACGAUCACAGGAGCUGCAGAGAUUUGCACAAUUCGUGCACUUCCUGUAGCUUGCUCCUCCCUGCUGUACGAUCUUCCUGUGCUCUCACCGCCUCAACCUCUGCAGGAACCUCUGCAGAAGCCCGAAUAUGGCUCCUUGGAGUUUCUGAGACAGAGCCACCGCCCCCAAGCCAAAUCAUUGUAAACCCACUGGAUGACAAUAACUUGGAUGUGCGUUGGACGGCUCCAGUUGAUCAAUCUGUGAGCAGCUAUGUAGUGGAGUGGUUUGCUGUUCGAGAUAAAAACAGCAGCAUCCUACACUGGGAAAGCCUUGAUAGUUCCAGCAGAGUACUCGUCAUCACAGAGGGAGUAAAGCCGAUGGAGCGUUACUCUGUUUCUGUCAAAGCACUGUAUGGUAAACGAGGUGUGGGACAGAACGGGACACAUCUCAUUUACACACGACAAGGAGCACCCUCAGCUGGCCCCACAGUGCAGGUGCAGCGGAUCUUCGGCAGCACGGUAGAGCUCAGAUGGAGUCCCGUACCUGUGGAGCUGCGUCACGGUUUCAUCCGCAAUUACACACUCUGCUACACAACUGCAAACCAACCAACCAGGAGGCAGUUUGUGCCUGGUCACGUUCACAGUUACACUCUGAAGAAUCUGUCACCCGGUAACUACAAAAUCUACAUACAGGCCAACACCGUCGCCGGCACUGGACCAGCUGGGCGGAUCGCUAGUGUGCACAUAGGUUCUGAGGAAAUUUCGGUAGUGAUGGGUGGUGUCCUUCCUGUCUUGAUGACUUCACUGGUACUGGUACUAAUGGCCUGCCUGGCACAGAAUAAGAGGAUGAAACAGAAGUUGUGUCGAGAUUUUCCUGAUCCUUCCAAUAGCAGUCUGGCCCACUGGACCCCAAAAACCACUCUGGAGAAUAUGAAGCAGCCUGCUGUACCAGAGACACCUGAAAUCAAAUACUCUGAAGUUAUUUUGCUCGAUAAAAGUGAUCUGCAGGACCCGGAUCAGGACUUCAGCUAUCAGGGCAUCUGUAAUAUCCAAGCAUAUACCUCUCAUUCGGACUCUCCACUCCCAGUUUCGGUGGCUGAAACGCCUCAAAAUACCCAAAAAUUUGAGAAGAUUUACACCGGGAGCUCAACCACCUCCUGCCCUUCUAUUUACUCCGGUGUCGUCUUCUCUCAAACUCCUCCUGCACCCAUCCUGUGCCCAUCAUAUCUCCAAUCCAAUUACUGGCAGCAGAGCACUGUCAGUGUUAAUGACAGUAAGCUCCAGCUAGAGGAAGACAGUGAGCUGCCUGUGUCUAUACAGGCCAUAGGAUCUGAUUCACCUCCCUCUCAAACAGAUGAAGUAAAAACCUUUUUUCUGAGACAGCAUCAAAGCCCUGUCUCCUUCUCGGACUUCAACAACAUCUUCCAUUCAUCUGUCUUGCUUUCUCAUCCAGUUGAAGUCACUUCACCCCAAUGCCCUUUUUCUAGAAGCCACUUUGACUCGGUCCCGUUGCUCCAGCCUGACAUCCUCACUCUCCCCGACUGCCGUUCGGACACCCCUGCUACCUCCUUCUCACCUUUCCCUCAGUCUGUUUUUGUGGAUUUCUCCUACUGUCCUGUGGAGUGUGAUCCAUACAUCUCCUCAAAUGUUUAGUUUCAUGCCAGUGUUACACUGUACAUAUUGGAUUUCUUUUUUAUAGUAUCUGUAAAAAAUGUUUCAUUAUAGAUACUGUAAUUUUACUUUUUAUUAAAACUUUCAUUAUUUUUUUUAGAACUCUGUGGAUCAAUGGAUCGUUUAUCAGAAGCAGAUCUUGUGCUUCUAGUCUGGAGAUUUUGGCUUUUUUUGAUGUUCAAUAUCAUAAAAAAUGUAAAGGAAUAGUUGGACAUUUUGGGAAACAUACUUAUUUGCCUUCUUGCCCAGAAUUAGUUUACAAGAUAAACAAGAUACUGUACCACUAUUGUAUCUGCUUGUUCAAUAUGAGGCUACAGCCAGCAGCCAGUUAGCUUAGCUUAGCACAAAGACUGGAAACAGGGGAAAACAGCUAGCCUGGUUCUGUUCAAAGGUAACAAAAUCCACUCUACCAGCUUCUUGGAGGCUCAUUAAUUAACACUAAUUAACUUGUUGUUUUAAUCUGCAUAAAAACAGAAGUGUGAUACACCAAUUUUUUGUUUUUUCACAGCUAGGCUUGCUCUAUUUCAAACAAAGCCGGGCUGACUGUUUCCCACUGUUUCCAGUCUUUGUGCUAAGCUAAGCUAAGCUAAUGGCUGUAACUUCAUAUUUACCCUACAGACAUGACUUCUCAUCUAACUUUCUAGCAAGAAAGGGAAUACUUUUCCUAAAAUGUGAAACUAUUCCUUUAAUUACAAUUCCUUUAAUGUGACUGUAAAGAGAGACUUUAAAUUUUCUGUUGAGACUUUUCUUCAUGAUUUAUUUCUCAGUGAAAUCAUAAUGUGCUAUUCCUGACCCUGAAUUAGUCCUAAGCCAUUUCACAGGUGUUUUUAUCUCUUUAGCAAAUAAGCACGCUCCGUUUAAGAGAUACAGAGUAAAAAAUAGAACUAAUCCUUGAUUCACACCUGAAAUCUCGAGGAAGGGUAUGGAUUGGCAGAUAUCAAUACUAGGUCCUAUACUCAUCACAUUGUACAUAAAUGAAGGUUGUCAAUGUUUCUUUUUUAGAAAUAAGCAGUGCCUCACAGGCAACGUUUUGCAUAUGUAAUUUACAUGCAUGCUGCUGCCCUCAUCCUCAAACCCCUUGAUGUUGUGUAUCACAGUUCUCUGAGAUUUAUUACAGGUGACACUUUAGGACCCAUCAUUGUAUCCUCUAUGAGAAGGUCGGGUGGACAUCACUUAUCACACAAAGGGAACAGCACUGUCUUUUUUUAACUCACAAAGCCAUCCUCAAUAUGCUAUAGUUUUAUUUAUCAUCACUUUUAAGACGUAGAAAUAUGAGAUACCGUACUUGUUCACAAGAAUGCAUUACAGAAUGUUUUAUUGAUGAAUGCUCUUGUCUUUUUCUUUGUGUUUUUUUGUAUUUUUUAAGUUAGUUAGUUGGUCUUCCCCUCACAUACCUCAUUUAUAGCUGACAAAUGAUGCCAACUGGAAAUUAACUGUAUAUGAGUCACCUUUGCAGCAGUGUCUGUAACUGUAUUUACUUCAGAGCUGAAAUUCUUUUCAAUUUACAUUAUUUGUAUGUCUAAGCUUUAAAAUAUGCA